UCCGAUAUACGGGAGAAAAAAAUCUACUCAGCAACUCGAAAUGGAACCAAUGUGACCGUCUUUAUUGGCGAGGGUUUGGAUAUCACGGAGGGCAUCACGCUCGAUUGGGUGGCGCGCAAUUUGUACUGGGUGGAUUCAAGUUUGAAUACUGUUGAAGUGGCCUCCCUGGAACGACCGAGUGCGAGGACUGUGCUGAUUCAUGAAAAUGUUGAUCAGCCACGCGGUAUUGCAGUAGAUCCAACAAAAGGCCUUCUGUUUUGGACUGACUGGGGACAGAAUCCACGUAUCGAGCGUGCCAACAUGGAUGGCACAGAACGGCGCAUUUUGGUGAACACAAAGAUUUAUUGGCCGAAUACUAUUGCACUUGACCUGACCACCGACCGCGUUUAUUUUGCUGACAGUAAAUUGGAUUACAUCGAUUUUGUCAACUACGAUGGCGGUGGUCGUACUCAAGUACUGUCAUCGACAAAGUUUGUGCAGCAUCCACAUGCUCUAGCAGUAUUUGAAGAUAUGAUUUACUAUAGUGAUCGGCGUUUGCAACGACUUCAGCUUUAUCCGAAGUAUCCAAAUGGCACAUCAAUGGAGUAUCCCUCGCAUACAUUUUCUAAAGCGCUAGGGGUCACUGCUGUACAUCCAAUCUUGCAACCGCGCAGCGAAAAGAAUCCAUGUGCUGGUGAUCCCUGCUCAGAUUUAUGCUUAAUCGGCAAGCAAAUGACUUAUACGUGCAAAUGCCCGAUGGGGAAGAUUUUGGACGCAGCUGGUAAGAACUGCAUUAGUGAUAUGAAACCAUUUUUGAUGCUUAUCCAGAAAACCAACAUCUACGGCUUAUCAAUGGAUGAAGCAGUAAACGGCACACCAGCACUCUCCGGAAUGGUGCCUUUGGCUGGUCUUAGCAACACAUAUGAUGCAGCAUAUGACCCAGAAACAACAGAGAUAUUUUAUCUAGAGCACGGAACAACUGGGCGCAUUAUUGGUCCAAACAGUCUUUCAGAAUCACGAAUUAUGCAAAUUUUGCCGGACAGAAUAAAUCGAACGCUGAUUGUCGCAUCCCAGAUCCCGGACGAUUCGUAUGCUAUGGCAAUGGAUUGGAUUGGAAGAAAUAUGUAUGUGGCAAAUAAAAUCUCGCAAACUAUUGAGGUUGUGCGAACCAAAGAUAUUCAGUAUCGCGCUACGAUUCUGAGUAAUGAUCAGUCGCCGACGGCAGUUGCGAAUCCAGUUGCGCUGGCAGUUGACUCUGAUCGUGGACUUCUUUUUUGGUUGGAUCGAGGCGCACUCGACACGACUAACCAGCGCCUCUACUUUUCCGAGUCAAAGGCUGGUCGAAUAUCGUUUGUCACAUACGAUGGACAGGAUCGACAUUACGUUCUGAACGAUGUCGGUAAGCAACCGCGUGGAAUUGCAUUUUUCAAUAAUCAUCUGUUCUACGCGGAUAGUGCGUUCGAUAGCAUUGAAGUAGCAACUCUGUCCGGUGACGGUCAACCACCACAGUUCGAGCAUUUCAAAAAGGAUGUCGACCAACUGAUCAAUAUUAAAGCUCUGCCUGAUGAGCCUUAUCUACGCCAAUUUUCAGCGGUCCAAUCACAUCCAUGCCAUACGAAUAACGGUAACUGUGAGCAUUUGUGUAUUCCUCGAGCAUUUUCACAGCAUCAGUGUAUGUGCGCUACUGGUUAUUCUCUUGAUGGCAGCACUCACUGUAAACUUUUCGAUCAGUCGUUUUUGGUUGUUGCAACGAAGACGCGGAUUACCGGCAUCCCACUCCACGAAGAACAAGCAAAGUCAGUAGCAAUGGAACCAAUUGGUGGCACAGCAAUUACAGCAGUAGAUUUUGAAUUCGAAAGCAAGUCACUGUUUGUUGCCGAAUCGUCUGGUCCAAAUCGUGGCAUUUACAAAGUGACGCUUGGCAGCGGCGAAGUGAAGACCAUUGUCAAGGACAGCUUCGGAUCGUUCACAAUACGAAGCAUUGCUCUGGACGGAAAGCAUCGUAAAAUACUGCUAUCAACGAAAACGGAAACGCCAACGUCUCUCGCAGUGGAUCCAAUUGGAAGAUAUCUCUACUGGGCCGAUCAAGGACAGAAACCGUCUAUUCAGCGUGCACUUUUGGAUGGAAGUAAUCGUCAAGUGAUCGUGCAUGGAAAUAUUGCCGAGCCAACAGAUUUGAUUGUGGAUCCAAACAGCCAUAUGGUAUAUUGGACUGAUGCAAAGCUUGACGGGAUAUAUCGUGUUCGUGCUGAUGGUGGUACACCAGAGCUAGUGAGAAACGACAUUGCUGCAGCGGCGGGCAUUUCACUACGUGGACAGACAAUGUACUGGACUGAUAAUCGCUUGGAGAAGGUCUUCUCGGCAUCCAGCCGACCCAAUCAGACAUCGAUUUUACUGUCGCCGACAACAAUCGCUGCUGGUUUAGCAGAUCUCGGCAACGUUGUUGUGUUCGAUGAAUCGGCACAGCCAAAAGCUACAUCACCAUGUCAGAUUACGGAUAAUCUGAGGAAAACACCUUGCGCACAAUUAUGUUUCUCAUCACCGGGCAGUCAAAGCCCGCUUUGUGCUUGUGCUCGUGGUAUCUUGAAAGGAAGAUCUUGUGAAGAACCUGAUACAUACUUAAUGUUUGCGGAUGGCGAGCAUGUAGUAGACGCACCCAUUGAGCCGGAUGUAAAGGCGUCCAAUCCGCUGAAAGAAGCAUUGCCACGAAUCGAGAAUUUGCAAAGCUUCGAUGUCGAUGUCAAUUUGCGACGCAUCUACAUGGUCACUGAGUCACCCGGUGGCGCAAAUAUUUCUUGGUUUCCGAUGAAUCAGCCAGAUAAGCGCAGGCUCGUUUUUGGACCCACAAAGAACAAACUUGCUGAGCCGGUUCGACACAUUUCGGACAUGAAACUGGACUGGCUUACGCAGAAAUUGUAUUUCACCACUGGCAGGCUCGUUUUUGGACCUACAAAGAACAAACUUGCUGAGCCGGUUCGACACAUAUCGGAUAUGAAACUGGACUGGCUUACGCAGAAAUUGUAUUUCACCACUGGCAGGAAUGGUAAAGUAUAUGUUAUUGAUGUGCAAGGUGAGCAUGCAGCAACAGUUGCAAAUGGCGACUGGACAUAUGCGCUUGCGCUGGACCCCUGUGCUGGUUUCAUCUUUUGGUCGGACAGUGGUUAUAAAAUUGCUGGUGGUGAGGGUUGCUUUUGA